AUGGCGUGCACAGAAGAGGACGUUCAGCAGUUCAUGGCGGCGACGGGUGUCUCCGAUCGCGAGACUGCGACGCGCUACAUAGAGAUGGCUGUGGGAGACUGCAAUGCAGCGGCGUUGCUGUUCUUCGAACACCAAGAAGAAGGCAUUUCUUUCGGCUCUUCCCCUUCUGCGCCGCCUGCCGACUCAGCCGAGAGCAGGCGCCGAGGAGGGACGCGUGCGCAGGGUGUCUCCGCAGCAACCCAGGACGCGCCGUCUUUCCCUUCGCGCUCGUCUUCCGCUUCUGUCUCGGCGGGAUCUCCGCUCUCUUCUCCCCAUCCUGGGGCUUCUGCUGCACAUCUAACCCCCGAGGAAGAACCUCGGAGGCCCGAUCCUUCGUACAGUCAAACGCUGUUAACCCAACCUCUGUACGGCGAGACUGCGACGGACGACCGCGCUGCCUCGGCUGCCGCAGCGGCAUCACUGCCGUCGAGCCUCACCGUGGCGAUGGACGCCGGAAGUUCGGCGUUUGCGGGUUUGUACGAACCGCCCAAGGCGCUCGUCUGUACCCUUCCCUUUACGGAGGCGAAGGUGCUCUGCAUGCGCACCGGGCGCUGGCUCCUCGUCAACAUCCAAAAAGCGGAUGAGUUCGACAGCCACAAACUCAACCGCGACAUUUGGAGAUCCGAGGUCGUGCAGGAUCUGCUGAAAGAGUUUUUCGUGUUCUGGCAACGAGCCGAGUCGAAUCAGGAAGGCCGUGUCUUCUGCGAACUCUACAAGCCCGCGUCGUGCGUCAUUCCUCUCGCUUCUUUGCCGCAGGUGACCAACUUUCCGCACAUCGCCGUCGUGGAUCCGCGCACCGGGCGCUCGAUGAAGCAAUGGACGAGUCGCCGUUUUUCCGAGGCGGUCGGCGCGCAGUCGGAACUUUUCGAGUUCAUCGAGCACCAGCAACAACUCGCCGAGGCCAAAGCGGCUGCAGCCCGCGAAAAAGGCCUGUCCUCGCCGUCUGUGUCUCCGGCGCCACCAGUCGCUGCGUCUCUUCCUUCCGGCUCUUCCGCGGGGGGACCAGGCGACACGCCGCAAAGGCGCGGAGAAGAAAACGGAGAAAAGAAGGGAGAAAGAAAAGAAGAAAAGAAGCAAGAGGAGCGCAGCAAACCCGACCUCCAGGCACUCAGGGAGAAGCGCCUGAGGGCUUUGGAACAGCAGUCGCGGCGCCACGAAGAACAGUGA